ACUGCUGUUUGCGGCGUUGUUGUGUUGUGCUUAAUGUGCUUUGUAAUUUAGACUCACAUAAUUAUAAAAUUAAACUAAGUCGGUUAUUAUAAACAAUAAUCAAAUAAAAUGGAAGGAUUCGAUGAUCCCGGUGUUUUCUUCUCCGACAACUUUGGAGUCGAGGAUAAUGAAUCUCAAGACCAAGUUAACCUACAAGGUGUAAAGAAGAAGUUCAAAGAAUUCAUUCGCCAGUUUCAUGUUGGAAAUUUCAACUACAAAUACAGAGAUGCUCUUAAACGUAAUUACAACCUGAGCAAAUAUUGGGUUGAAAUAAAUAUAGAGGAUUUAUCAAGUUUUGAUGAAGUUCUUGCUGAGAAACUGUACAAGAAGCCUAGCGAACAUCUUCCAAUUUUAGAAGAGGCUGCUAAAGAGUUGGCAGAUGAGCUGACAGCUCCGCGACCUGUGGGAGAGGAGACAGUUGAAGACAUACAAGUGCUUCUCUCUUCUGAUGCACACACAUCCAAUCUGAGGGAGCUGAAAUCAGAAACCGUCUCCCGUCUGGUGAAGAUCCCCGGCAUAGUGAUAUCCGCAUCAGGCAUCAAAGCGAAGGCCACGAAAAUCUCCAUCCAGUGCCGCUCAUGCCGCAACGUCAUCCCUAAUCUUCCCGUCAAGCCUGGCUUGGAGGGUUAUGUCAUGCCUAGGAAAUGUAACACGGAGCAGGCUGGUCGUCCCAAGUGUCCAUUGGAUCCUUAUUUCAUCAUUCCAGACAAAUGCAAAUGCAUUGAUUAUCAGGUGUUGAAACUACAAGAAGCACCAGAAAGCAUCCCGCAGGGCGAGAUGCCGCGCCACCUCUCGGUGUACUGCGAGCGCGUGCUCUGUGAGCGCGUGGCGCCGGGCGCUAGGGUCCAAGUUCUUGGCAUCUACUCCAUCAAGAAGAUAGCAAAGCAAGGAAGGGAAGGGCGCGGCGACAAGAGCGUGGGCGUGCGCUCGUCGUACCUGCGCGCCGUGGGGCUCGCCGCCGCCGAGGGCGCCGCCGCCGGCCUGCUGCCCUUCACCGCCGACGAGGAGGAACACUUCCGGCGCCUCGCCGCUUCACCGGACAUCUACGACAGGAUCUCCAUGUCCAUAGCACCAAGUGUGUUCGGGGUUGUCGAUAUGAAGAAGGCGAUUGCUUGUCUUCUGUUUGGAGGUGCCCGUAAGCGACUCCCAGACGGGCUGACGCGGCGCGGCGACAUCAACAUCCUCCUGCUCGGCGACCCCGGCACGGCCAAGUCCCAGCUCCUCAAGUUCGUGGAGAAGGUGUCGCCCAUCGGCGUGUACACGUCCGGCAAGGGCUCCAGUGCGGCCGGGCUCACGGCUUCUGUCAUCAGGGACCCGGGCAGUCGCAAUUUCGUGAUGGAAGGCGGUGCCAUGGUGCUCGCCGACGGCGGUGUAGUCUGUAUCGACGAGUUCGACAAGAUGCGGGAAGACGACCGCGUCGCCAUACACGAGGCUAUGGAACAGCAGACCAUCUCCAUCGCCAAGGCGGGCAUCACCACAACUCUAAACUCCCGCUGUUCCGUGCUGGCGGCCGCCAACUCGGUAUUCGGUCGGUGGGACGACACGAAGGCCGACGACAACAUCGACUUCAUGCCCACCAUCCUGUCGCGUUUCGACAUGAUUUUUAUCGUGAAGGACGAGCACGACCAGAACCGAGAUAUCACGCUCGCGAAGCACAUAAUCUCCGUGCACAUGGGCGGCGACAGCGCCGAGCGCUCGGCGGCCUCGGGCGAGCUGCCGCUAGCACUGCUGCGGCGCUAUGCCGCGUACUGCCGCGCGCGCUGCGGCCCGCGCCUGGCCGCCGCGGCCGCCGAGCGCCUGCAGGCGCGCUACGUGCUCAUGCGCACGGGCGCGCUGCAGCAGGAGCGGCAGGCCGACAAACGCCUGUCUAUACCCAUCACCGUCCGACAACUUGAAGCCAUCGUCCGCAUCUCUGAAUCUCUCGCCAAGAUGCAGUUACAGCCAUUCGCGACUGAAGCGCACGUGACCGAAGCCCUGCGGCUGUUCCAGGUGUCCACGCUGGAUGCGGCCAUGACUGGCAGCUUAGCAGGUGCUGAAGGCUUCACGACAGAAGAAGACCACGAGAUGCUAUCCCGCGUCGAGAAGCAGCUCAAGCGACGCUUCGCAGUUGGCUCCCAAGUAUCGGAACAGACCAUCAUACAGGACUUCCUGCGACAGAAGUACCCGGAGCGCGCCAUUCAGAAGGUCAUCCACACCAUGAUCAGGCGAGGCGAGCUGCAGCAUCGCUUGCAGAGGAAAAUGCUGUACCGACUUUCUUGAUUGUAUGUUUGUUGUUUGUCUUGUGGAAAAAGUGCCCUUCUGGAGAGUGCCUAUUAAAAAUACAUGAAGGUAGCGGAAUUUCCCUGGUUAAAUAGAGAAGUCCCUAUCUCUGCAAUCCGUCAAAUCAUCUCAUGUAAGGAACCCACUGUGGCAGACUACGAACGCGCUCGUGAGCUAGAAAGAACCGGGCGAACAUAAUUAUAAUGGCGGUGCCCGCGUGCCACUGCAUUUGUGUUAUAUUCGUUUGGAUAAGUAUAAGGGAAUGUUGGAAGCGCCUGUGUGAGCUCACGCACCUAUCCUUCCAUAAGGCUGCGUUUCCACCAGAGAUGUGCGAGGUAGCUGAGCGGUGCGAGGCUGUGUAGCGGGCUCUUUUCAAAUAAGCGAGCGGAGUGUGGCUAGGCGAGAGCGAAGCGCGCGCGCCACACUGCUUGCGUCUCGCAACACAUCCUUCCCUUGUUUUGUAUGCACAGAAACCUCGCUCCGCUGAGCUGUUUCCAGUAGAGCUGCGCUCAGAGAGGAUUGGUAAAUGACGUGUUUCUAAUUCUAUUGGUUACAUCACUGAUGAAAACGCAGCCGCAUACGUCCAAUUUCCUUGAUAAAUUAUAUAAAUAAACGAAUUUUUAGAAACGUUACCGUGUUCUGCGAUUUUCAUCAGUAUUUUUAUGACGCACUCGCUUUCCGAUCUAUUUUUUAAGUUUGUUACUUGUAAUCGAAAUAAAACCACCUCAUUUUAUAAAUUUGGUUUUAUUCAAUAGCAUCUAAUGCACAGGCAAACAAAGACAUGCUCACAGCAUUAAUAGACUUUAACAUCAGUUAUACUGAUCGGGAUCACAUGAGAU